AUGUGCCCGUUGAACGGAAGCGAUUCAAAAUAUGAUAAUCCACCAUAUCAGACGUAUAGCGUCUACAAAUACCGAUUGUGGAAUCAGGAUGUCACUAAAAUAAUCAGUUUCCGAGUAUUUAAGGCGUAUCUAUCAUCGAAAACGUUGUGUAUGUUGGGUACCACGAAAAUUGGAAAAAUGUACGACAUGAAAAACAUGUACGGAUUGCUGGAAAGCAUCGCCACUCAGAAGGCACUUCAUCAAUUAAUGUCAAAACGAUCAGUCGUCAUAACGAGAUCAUCAUUUCCUUCCGGAGGUCGUUAUGCAGGCCAUUGGCUUGGUGAUAACUAUGCUGCAUGGAAUGAU